UCUCUUCACGUGUGAAAAAAAUCACCGUUGCUUGGUUACAUAAUAGAUGGCGCCUUUCGCAGCGAAAGUGAAAUUUUUUGGGAUUUCAUUAGUGUUGAUAUAAUAAAUAGAACAUUACAUGUCCACUUGAAGAUACGAAAUUUCUCGCCUCGUGUUGAAGAAUAUUUCACUCGUUCACUGCGCUCACUCGUAAAAUACUUUUCAACACUCGAAGAGAAAUUUCGUAUCUCCGCGUGGCCAUGUAAGCUCAUGUUAUAUUCUCUAUAUUUUUGAUAUCAUAUAGAAAGUCACUGGUGGUGAAGGUGAUAUGUGCAGGAUAUUUUCUCUCCCUAAAGUAAGCUGUUUUGAAAGCCUUGCUCAACAGGGAAAUGAUUAUUCAACCAAUCAAAUUGCAACCAUAGAACGCCAGAAGGCUUGAUUUGUUUGCUCUAUUGCUUGUGAGUGUUCGCGUGAUUAAAAUGAACAUUAGGAACAUUCAGCUCGGACGGUUCUUGCAGCACGUUAUCUCUGUCAAAUUGAAAGCCACAAGUCAUGAAGGUGAUAUUUGCAGGAAUGAAUAAAACUGGUACAAAAUCGAUCACCAAAGCUCUGCGCCAUCUUGGGUUUACGGUGUUUGACUGGGAGGAACAAACUUUCGACUUUCUGGAUCACUGGGUUGAUGUUUUUCAAAAUGGCGCCAGGCCAGAUGUCAAGCGAGUUUAUCAGAAUGCUGAUGCAGUCGUGGAUAUACCGGGAAACAUUUUCUACGAGGAAAUACUGGAAUCAUUUCCUGACUGUAAAGUGGUUUUGAGCGAACGAGAAGAAGACUCGUGGGUCAAAAGCGUCAUGAAUCAUCUUGAAAACGUGGCAGUUACACCAUCCUACAUACGCAGCAUAUUUUCCAUGUUAUCGCCAACGGCUAGAAAGAUCUCACACAUAUCGGAUUCUAACCUUACCGCCGUAUUUGGCUCGCUCAAUACCAAAUCCACGUAUGUUUUCAGAAAGCGCUAUCGUCUCCACAAUCAACGUGUUAAGUCUGUGGUUCCCGCUGACAAGCUGUUGGUGUAUAACGUAAAACAAGGAUGGAAACCAUUGUGUGAAUUCGUGGCCUGUACGACUCCGGCUAUUCCCUUCCCGUAUGAAAAUAUUGAUGCUGAAAUAACUAAGGUGCAAUUGGACAUGACUAGAACGGGUCGGCAGGCAAAAAGAGAAAUACAGCGCAGUGUAUUCAUAAUUUUCUGUGUGCUUGUAAUGGUCGUAGCUAUAAUUAUGGCUAUUUGUGUAAGUUAUUGACGAUAUGAACCGAUUCCAUUGAGACCAAAAUGUAAAAGGUUCUCUGACCAAUCAGAACUUACUCAUCGGUCAAAAUUGUG